AUGGAAACGCAAGACAACGAGAUCGAAAACCUCAACAGCACCUCUUCAUGGAGUUCCGCCGCAAACUGGACCAUCGCCGGUGGCUCUCUCGUAAAUUGCGUCUCUUUCGAGUCGUCUUUUGCUCCGAUCGACGACGAGACUCCAAAGUCCACCUCUGAAUCCUCUCUUAUUCUGCACCCUCCAUCACCCGAUUAUGUCCCUUGCGAGAUCACCAUUAAUUUCACGCAGAAACAUGAGGUCCAGCAGGUUUAUGUUCGGAGUACUGCCCGAGUCUAUGAGAUAUACUAUGCAACUGAUUUGCAGAGUGGCAAUGAGUAUCUCUGUACAGUUCGCUGUGGAAUUGCUGACAGAGAUGAAGAAGUGCUUCAUACAGGUGAUAAUGAAGAAGUACGUUCUACAAAUUCAAAUGGGUCUCUUAAGGACCCAUCUGAAGAAAACUCAAGAAAUGGAAAUGGUCUGAAUACCAGUGAAGAUGACUGGAUUGAAGUGAAAGUCCCAGAUACUCAUGUGCUUGAUAAUAAAAUCAAAUCCUUGCCAUUAAAGUUGGGUUCUGCACAGGCUUUUUAUGAAGCUACAGCACAGAUUAGUGAUGCAAGUCCUUGUGUAUCGCUCACACUUCGUCUACUGUCGCUUGAGAGGAAAGAUUGUGUUUGUAUUGAUGAGGUCUACGUGUUUGCUGACCCUGUUGAUUCAGCUGAUUCAGAAAAUCAAGUGAGUACAGUGGAAAGCUCAGCUGGGAGUUCUCUCAUGGCCAUGCUUGUGCCUACUCUUUUACAAUUUUCUAAAACAAGCGGUGCUCACCGAACACAAGACAGGCGCAAUUCUGAUACAUGGGAAAAACAGAACUCCCUAGAGAUUGGGUCACAAACAGUUGGUUCUACCAGUGCUGCAACUAAGAUUCAGGAGGAAGGAAAGGCCAGCAUACCUGAUCACCAAGAAGUAAAGGUUCAGGAUGUGAAUAGGGCUACUGUGGGUACAGCCCAAUUACAGAUCCCACCACUAGUUCCUUUUAGAGAAAGCAAACCUGAUUCCCCCCCAUAUAGUCAUGUAGAAAGAGCUGUGGACCAGCUUUGUUCUCGAAUGGGUAGAAUAGAGGAUCUAUUUUUGAGGUUUGAAGAAAAUAUGCUAAAACCAAUAAGCAGUAUUGAGGCAAGGCUUGAAAGGGUAGAGCAGCAGCUUGAAGUACUCACAAGAAAAUCACAGAAUUCCGGGUUGCCAACAUGCUCAAGAUUCUGUGCACCUUCUUUCUCAUGCAUUGAGUCUGAAUCCAACUCUUUCUACAAUAGUGGAAAUGAUUAUCGCCAUUGGGAGGCUUUUGAAUCAGGUAAGAAUGAGGUUCAAUUGGAUGCACUCCCGACCACACCUUAUGACAUGUCUGGUUCAGUAAAUUCCCCUCGUUUGUUCCCAAGUCUAGUAGUAACUGCUCCUGAAUUUUCAAAUGGUGAUGAUGAGGAGGAGGAAGAAGAAGAAGAUCAUGAAUCAGAUGUAGUGGUAACUCCUUCAGAAAAUAAACCGAGGCCUGCUUUGACAAUUGAUGACGCUUUAGCAUCUGCACUAGCUGGAUUCAUGUCUUUGACUUCAACCCAGCCUGAGAAAUACACCCAAACCCUUUCGGUUAAAGCUCCUGAUUUUUCAAAUGAGGAAGAUGGUAGUGUUGACAGAAAAUCUCCAGCAAGUGUUGAAAAUGAUCGUUAUGAGGAUGGAGAAGAAGGCAAACUUGUUGAUGGCAAGAGCAUUGGGAAUGCAGUUGAUCUAGCCAAUCGUGGCAUGAUGUCUAGAACUGAUUUUUGUCAGAUAACAGAAGAGAUUGAAAAUGGAGAAGUCAGCACGGAGAUAAGCAACAUCCUGGAUCUUGAUAAAACUGAUAUACCAAACUCGUUGCCUCAAGAUCAGACCGAUGAUGAACACGGUAACACCCAGGAAGAUACUUAUACAGAGUCUGAUUUAACUACUCCAAAGGAAGCGACAGAAGAGAAUCCUGACAAAGAUAUUCUGAAGAAUAUCCUUGAACUUUCACGCGCUGCUUCAGUGGUGGAUUUUGGGACUCCAGUUCUGGAUCCCCUAUUUUCUCUUGAAGCUCUUUUAGCCGAGUUGCCAGAAUCAAAGACCGAAGCUCCUUCCGUCAAGGAAACUGAUGAUGCGGCCCUGGUUGGUGAGGGUUGUAAGUUGAUUUUGGUGGAGGAUGAGGAGCCAGUUGGUCCUGCCCCUGAUGGUAAAUUCUCUGUGGAUAUGGAUUUCUAUAGUGUAGGAGAACCUUUGAGCAUGUGGGAUGACGAUACAUGCAAUAGCCAUGAGACAUUUGCAGCGAGUCUAUUUGAUGACUCUCUGUCUCUUCACAACUUUGUUAAUCUUCUGUACAUAAAUCUGGGCUAG